UAUGCCAAAAGGAGGAGAAAUAGCUGUGCUGACAUUAUUGACCCAGCAAGAAGAUUUCAAGAAAAAAACAUAUGUAUAGGUGUUUACAAAAUACUGAAAGGGCAUUGGGGAGUUGGAGAAUCCUGGAGUUCCACUUUAAUGCAAGUCCACUCUGCAGCUAUGGGAAUAUGUUACAUGCAGGGGCGGACUGACCAUUUGGAAACUCGGGCACUGCCUGAGGGCCGGGGGUCAGUAGGGGGCCCCAUGAGAUGCCCCUGGUACCUUUUUCAUAGGCUUUUUUGAGUUUGGGCAAGGACACGGGCCCCAUGAUCCCCUAUUGCCCGGGGGCCCCAU